UCACAAAAAGCUUAUGUUGAUAGAAUAGCUUUGACGCCAGGGUUUUCCGGCGCUGAUGGAUCGAUGGAGCGCUACUCUGAAGGUCCCGAUCCACGCCAAGGGCGCCGCUCGCUGCCGAGUCGCCGUAUCUCUCCGCCUCUCGCCGUCUUCCGAAGCCCUACUCGCGCCGUCCGCCAAUGCCGUCUUCUUCAAUGGGGAUCGAGUCGGGGGGACCGGGAACCCCGUCGUGGAGAGGCUGUCGGACCCGCAGGCGAUAGCCGACGUUCUGGUCUCGAAGUUCGGCGGCGCCGUCGACGCGUGGGUCGUCGAGGCUUCCACCUUCAACGGGCCCUUUGCCGUCUAUAAGGAGUUCGUCCCUUCGGCGAACAAGUAUGGGGAGCCGAGAUCGUAUGGCCACGUCGGGUUCCCUGCUUCUUCGUCGACCGUCUCGCUGUUGGCGAAUUGCCUUGAGGAGGCGAAGAAUGUUCUUUCAAGGAAAAGAAUCUUGUCUCCACAAGCUUAUUACCACCGCAAGGACAUCCACCGAAAACUGUCCUCCUCGGUUUUAGCAAAGGUGGCACUGUGCUUAACCAGCUUGUGACUGAGCUCAGCCAUUUCGAACCUUCAUCUUCUGGACAUCCAUCUUCUGCUGGACAAGAGCUAUUGGGUCAUGAAGCCCCUGAUAUUCAGGUGGGGACUCAAAUUUUACCUACUACGAAAGAAAGAUUUCUGAACAGCAUC